AUUAACUCAAAAGAGACUUCAAAGAAGAUCAUGGCCUCAAGGUUAAUAACAUUCAAGAAAUGGAUGAAAGCAAAUGGAGUCGACUGCAGCGACGCGCUCACCCUCGUGGAAGACAAAAACGGCGACGUAUCCGUCAAAGCAUCACGUGAUUUAAAAGAAGGAGAUGUCGUUGCCAACAUCUCCAAAACUGCUUGUCUCACUAUUAAAACCAGUGGAGCUCGUGAGAUGAUCGAAUCCGCUGAGUUAGAUGGAAGUUUAGGUCUCUCAGUGGCUAUCAUGUACGAGAGAGGCUUAGGUGAUAAGUCUCCUUGGUCUGGUUACCUUCAGAUUCUUCCUUUUCAAGAGGAUUUGCCUCUUGUCUGGCCCGUUGAGGAGUUGGAUUCUCUCUUGUCUGGAACUGAGAUUCACAAGGAUGUGAAGAGAGACCAUGGUCUUGUUUAUGAGGAUUGGGAAGAGAACAUUGUGCCACUUACAUCUUCACUUCCUGAGAAUGUUGAUCCUGGUUCUUUUGGAAUCAAAGAGUAUCUUGCAGCCAAGAGUUUAAUUGCGUCUCGGUCUUUUGAGAUUGAUGAUUACCAUGGAUCGGGGAUGGUCCCUCUUGCAGAUCUCUUCAAUCAUAAAACUGGGGAGGAAGAUGUUCAUUUCACAGCUGAAUUACCUCACAGUGAAUCCGAAUCUGAAGCUGAUGAUACUGCUAAUAAGGCCACUGAUGAAGACGAGCCUUCCUCUCCUGAUCAAUCUUUGGAGGGUGAAAACACUGACGAAGAAGCCAAAGAAGAAGAAGAAAACGAAGGAGAAGAAGAAGAAGAAGAAGACUCUUCAAUGUUGCAAAACGAUGUAACCAGUUUAGAAAUGAUCAUGGUGAAGAACGUCCCAGCAGGAACUGAGGUAUACAACACAUACGGUUUGAUAGGUAACGCUGCGUUACUCCACAGAUACGGAUUCACAGAACUCGACAAUCUCUACAACAUCGUCAACAUAGAUCUCGACCUAGUUACCGAGUGGAGCACAUCCUCAUUCACAAGCCGACACACUCAAGCUAGACUCUCCUUGUUUAAAAAGCUAGGUUACAACAACUCAGACUACUUCGAGGUUUCUUCAACCGGAGAGCCCGAAACCGAGCUCCUGAUCCUACUCAAUAUCCUUCUCUUACCAGAAGAGACAUACCUAACGUUAUCAGGAGAUGAUGAUUGUGUCUCUAAAGAAGUAACAAUAGGGAAACAUAAGGUCGUGUUUGGAGAGAGUUGUAGCAGUGACGUGCUUCUCACGGAUAAUGGUGUUUGUGAAGCGCUUCUUGAUAUUGUGGAUAAGAGAGAGAGUUUGUAUGGGACAAGGAGCUCUUUGGAGGAGGAUGUUGUUAGGGUGGAGAGUUGUGUUCUUCCGAGAGAUAGGAGGUUGUAUCAUUCGCUUGUGUUGCGUGUGAGUGAGAGGAGGAUUCUUGAGAAGCUAAGGAGUAAUGUUCGUGAAAAGGUUAAGGAGUUUUCCGGCGGGAAACGCAGGAAGAAGAUGAAACUCUAAAUUUUACUUUACUUUCUUGAAAAUUUUCAGUUUUAGUCCCUUAAGUUUCUAUUUUAUUUCAAUUUGUUCCCGUAACUUUGGAUUUUAUCUAAG